AUGAGUGAGGGCAGGUGCUCUGUGGCCCUGAUGUCUUCCGUGGUGGCUCCAGCCAAGGAGGCCAACGCCACGGGCCCGAAGGCGGUGGAACUCGUACUGCUCAAGGAGCAAAACGGGGUGCAGCUCACGAACUCCACCCUCCUCAACCCCCCGCAGAGCCCCACGGAGGCCCAGGAUCGAGAGACCUGGAGCAAGAAGGCCGACUUCCUCCUCUCCGUGAUCGGCUUCGCCGUGGACCUGGCCAACGUCUGGCGGUUCCCAUACCUAUGCUACAAAAAUGGCGGGGAGCGCAGUCGCCUGGAGAGACCCCAGCCCGGCGGCGGCACCUGCCAGCAGAGAGCUCUGCUGCAGCCCGACGGAAGCAGUCUGGCUUCCUGGGGGCCAGGCUGCGUUGGACCCCAAGGAUCCACGGCUCACGAGGACAGACAUCCCCAUGGAGGAGAGAGAGGGGACCCAGGGCCGGCCGGGCGGAGAGCAGACAGCAGCGAGGAGCAGAGCAGCACCCGGGCCGGGCUGGUCCGCUCUGCUCCGGGGCCUUCGCAGCUGGGUCUGCUCUGGCGUUUGGUCAAAGGCUGCUCUGAGUUCCCCAGACCACAAGCGGAGGAUUUGGUGUACAGAGUUGUCACCUUCAGGAGAUCUCUAGCAGCUACCCAUGGCCAGCUCACCGCCAGGGAGCAGCUUCUGAGAGGCGCUUGGAAGCCAUGUGGCUUCCCGACUCUGCGGCUGCCGGCCGAGUCCACCGUGAGCCAGCUUCUCCCGGGGAGUGCAGGGGAAGGAAGUGCGGCGAGGAAUUGUUCCCCGAGGACGGGAUCCACCCUGGAGGAGGCCUUCAGAAGGGACAGUGUGGAUUUUGUCAUCACCGCUACUGAGCACGUCUUCCGAGAGGGGCCGUGCGUGGGCUACACCGUCAUCCUCAUCUCGCUCUACAUCGGCUUCUUCUACAACGUCAUCAUCGCCUGGGCGCUUCACUACCUGUUCUCCUCCUUCACCACCGAGCUGCCCUGGACGCACUGCAACCACACCUGGAACAGCCCCCGCUGCUCGGAUGCCCGCGCCCCCAACACCAGCUCCGGCCCCAACGACACCCUGAGGACCACGCCCGCCGCCGAGUACUUCGAGCGCGGCGUGCUGCACCUCCACGAGAGCCAGGGAAUCGACGACCUGGGCCCUCCCCGCUGGCAGCUUACCUCCUGCCUGGUGCUGGUCAUCGUCCUGCUCUACUUCAGCCUCUGGAAGGGGGUGAAGACGUCCGGGAAGGUCGUGUGGAUCACAGCGACCAUGCCGUAUGUGGUCCUCUUUGCACUGCUCCUGCGAGGCAUCACUCUCCCGGGGGCUGUGGACGGCAUCAGAGCGUACCUGAGCGUGGACUUCCACCGGCUCUGUGAGGCCUCGGUCUGGAUCGAUGCAGCCAUCCAGAUAUGCUUCUCGCUGGGUGUGGGCCUUGGGGUGCUCAUUGCCUUCUCCAGUUACAAUAAGUUUACCAACAACUGCUACAGAGAUGCGAUCAUCACCACCUCCGUCAACUCACUGACGAGCUUCUCCUCUGGCUUCGUGGUCUUCUCCUUCCUGGGGUACAUGGCCCAGAAGCACAGCGUGCCCAUCGGGGACGUGGCCAAGGACGGGCCUGGGCUGAUCUUCAUCAUCUACCCUGAGGCGCUGGCCACGCUUCCGCUGUCGUCCAUCUGGGCCGUGGUCUUCUUCGUCAUGCUGCUGACCCUGGGCAUCGACAGCGCCAUGGGCGGCAUGGAGUCCGUGAUCACCGGGCUCGCCGACGAGUUCCAGCUGCUGCGGCGGCACCGGGAGCUCUUUACGCUGCUCGUCGUCCUGGCCACCUUUCUCCUGUCCCUUCUCUGCGUCACCAGCGGCGGCAUCUACGUCUUCACGUUGCUGGACCACUUUGCGGCCGGCACGUCCAUCCUCUUCGGGGUGCUCAUGGAGGUCAUCGGGGUGGCCUGGUUCUACGGUGUGUGGCAAUUCAGCGACGACAUCAAGCAGAUGACCGGGCGGCGGCCGAGCCUGUACUGGCGGCUGUGCUGGAAGUUCGUCAGCCCCUGCUUCCUCCUGUUUGUGGUCGUGGUCAGCAUCGCGACCUUCAGGCCCCCGCACUACGGAGCCUACGUCUUCCCCGAGUGGGCCAACGCGCUGGGCUGGGCCAUCGCUGCGUCCUCCAUGUCUGUGGUCCCCAUCUACGCCGCCUACAAGUUCUGCAGUCUGCCUGGCUCCUCAAGGGAGAAACUGGCCUACGCCAUCACGCCCGAGACGGAGCACGAGCGGGUGGACAGCGGGGAGGUGCGCCAGUUCACGCUCCGCCACUGGCUCGUGGUGUAGGUGGAUGGAGGAGGAAGACCUGCUGGGCGCCAUCGGCGAGGACCAGGGCAAGGAGGGCCGCCCCGGACACGCACACAUCUUUCCCUGGAUGGGCCGCACCCUCUGUGCCCCGGGGGA